CAGGAAGAGACUCAAAGUAACUACAAGAAGUGGAAAACAACCAAAGAGAGACACAAAACAACUUCUAAGAGACACAAAAUUACCUUAAAGAGACACACACAACGACAAAAGCUCAGUUUCCACAAAACACUUUCGGUAUGGAACCAAAGGUAACCCUUUAGACACAUGGUACCUAGACCCUAGAGUUUUCACCACAAACAGUACUCUUAAAUGUGGGUGGGGUUGUCAAAUGAUGGUCAGAGUUGUCGUAUUGAAAUUUAAGGUGUGCUGAUGGAUUCACAUCGUAAACUUGUCCUUUGAGUAACACUACAAGUUAACGUUCCACCUUUAAAGUUGCCGGCAGUGGGACCAAUGAAUUAAGUUAUUUUCUUCUCCAACUCCAGCUGCUGCAAGAGGCAGCAAAACAUUCUUUCAUUUUAUAGUUACAGUUUACUAAUAAAACUCUCCACAGCAUGAACGGUGGUUACAUGAGCCUCAAAACCAGCCACAACUCAGCCCUGAGAAGAGUGACCGUCCUCUAUUGACCAAUCAACAGACCGCAGUGUUCACAGCUCCAUCUUUUAGUACCAGAUCUGUGUGCUAGGUACCCCAACAGAGGGGGGACCAAAAAUGGGGACGGUACAGAACGGUUCUAUUGGUACCAUCCACAACUUUUCACAAUGGAAAUGGAAAAAAAACGAACUGAACUGAACCGUACUGUACUGCUCGGUGGAAACGGGGCUAAAGAUACACAAAACAACAACAACAAAACAAGAGAUGAAGCACCACAAAGUCUGUUUCUUGCUGCUGUGUGGGAGAGGUGGUGGGGCCGUUUCAUAUCUGUGCCCAGAAGCCCAUUGUCUCAUUAUCCGCCCCUGGAAUGAGGUGCAACAUAAAUUAUUUAUACAAAGGUAAAACGUCCUCUAAAAACGCCCCUGAUUUACCUUUUUAAAAAAGCAUUUAACGUGGAUGUACUAGUAAUUUGGCAGGUGUCUUUUCCUAUAUCUCACAACGUUGUUAUCUCUUUCCUAUCAAAGCCUCUAUACAAAUUUAUGUCUCUCUCUUUCAGGUCUGUUUUUGUAUUUUAUUCCUCAGCACUCUAUAAUCAGCUUAAACAAAGUCUCUCUGAUGGUAUUCAUAUUAACAAGUAUUUAAACAUGGAGAAUAUUUGCUCUCAAGACAAAUAACUACAGUAAUCAAGCUAUGUUUUUUUUUUCCAAAGAUAAUACAAUUAUACAACUAUUAGUCACAAACGAUGUUGUGGGAAGAUUACAGCGAUGCCAUGAAGGUUUAGAGAUGUCAUAAGGAAGACAGAUUGAGUCCCAUCAGGAGCAUUAAUAUUAAAGUGUCAUUGGUUAGGCGUUCAUAAAUAGGCUUAUCCAAAGUUUAUGUAGGCUAAUCUGUGCUCUCUCUCCCUGUGUGUGAACGUGUCUCUCACUCUCUAAGAAUACACCCAGGCUCCACCUCUUUAUGAUAAUGUGACAGUAGCAUCUCCAGCUCGGAGACAAGCCUCCUCUCUUUCUCAUUCAACUAUGUGAUGUGUUUUUUCCACACACGGACCCUGUCUCCUCUCUCUGUUGUCCCCCUCUCCUCAAUGCGCAGCUGCCUCUCGCGGACAAACCGCAUUUGUUGGGCGAAGUUACUUUUCUUAAAUUAGUUCACUUAGAAGUUUACUUUUCUCCUAAUUCCUCGGACAUGACCACCAUGGCAACUCCGGCAGCCCCGGCUCUGCUCCCCGCCGCCACACUCGGGCACCACCCGGCGCCGAGUUCCGUCUCUCCGGCCACCAACUCUCCGCCACCUGCGGCCACCUCCGCCGCCUCCUCCCCGGCUCCUCCGGUGGCGCACCCGGCGCUGCUGCACCAGUUCAGGGCGGACAUCUUACUACCGAACGGGACCCCAUUGAAAACCGGAGGAGCUCCGGUGUCCGGCAGCGCCAGCAAGCCCGUGUACGCCACCCCGUCGCCCGUGGAGAGCACGCCGCAGAACAACGAGUGCAAACUGGUGGAGGUGAAAGGUGCCAAGCUGGCGUCGUUCACGGUGAAAGACACGGAGCUCAUCUGCCUGCCCCAGGCUUUCGACGUGUUUCUCAAGCACCUGGUCGGCGGGCUGCACACCGUCUACACCAAGCUGAAGCGGCUGGACAUUGCCCCGGUGGUGUGCAACGUGGAGCAGGUGCGGGUGCUGCGGGGGCUCGGGGCCAUCCAGCCCGGGGUGAACCGGUGCAAACUCAUCUCCAGGCAGGACUUCGAGACGCUCUACAACGACUGUACCAACGCAAGUUCGAGGCCAGGACGACCGCCCAAGAGGCUGCAGAGUGUGACAGAGGGCGGGACUCACCACAUGCUGUCCCACAGCGGUCUGAUGCACGCUGGGAUCAUGCCUCCUGCAGAUCUGUCUGCCCUGGCCAAGAAGAUCAAGCUGGAGGCGAUGGCCGGUUACCACAGCAACCAGCAACAUGGCGGGCCAAACGGAGAGAACGGGGACCACAACCAUGGACUGGUUCUGGAUCAGUUGCCCUUCAUGAUGAUGUCACAUCCUCUGAUCCCUGCCAGUCUGGCGCCGGCCUCGGUUUCCAUGGCGAUGGGCCAGAUGAACCGACUGAGCACGCUGGCCAGCAUGGCCAACGUGGCGCAGCUCCACGCCAAGCCCCCCGCCAGGGCUCCCACCUCCGUCAUUAAGGAGCGAGUGCGUGACAGCCCCUCCCCUUCUCCCUCAUUGGAGGAAGCUCAGAUGUCAUCCAAUCACAGCAGCAGUGUGUCCAGCUCCCCGUCUCACACAGAACGCACUGCGGAAAACACACACCCACAUGAUGACGGCCUGUCAUCAAGUCACAAUGUGCUGGGGCACUCACCUGGUGUGGUGCACGGGGCCAGAGAGACAGAUGUGACCUCAGUGGAUUACAGCAAGGAGAACAAGAGGGGCCACAGCGACAGAGAUAGCAGCUCCAUGGCCACUCAGACAACCAGGGAGAGCUGUGAUAGACAAGUCUACCACAAACCCCCGUCAGGCUGCGAGAGGGUAUCUUACCCCGCGGGACAGAAGCUCCCAGCAGGUCUCCACCACACUCCCUUCAUCUUCCCGGAAGGCUUGUCCUCCAUAGAGACCCUGCUCACGAACAUCCAGCAGGGUCUGCUGAGGGUCGCCAUAGAGAACGCCCGGGCGCAGGAGAAGCAGGACCAGAUGGAGAGGACGGAGCUGAAGAUGGAGCUGGUCCGAGAGAGGGAGCUCAGAGAGACCUUGGAGAGACAGCUCAGCAUGGAGCAGAAAAACAGAGUUCUGAUCCAGAAGCGCCUGAAGAAGGAAAAGAGGAGUAAGAGGAGACUACAGGAGGCCUUGGAGGAGGAGGUCAAACUGCGCGAUCAGGCCGAGCACACCCUGCUGCACACCGCCAACACACACACAGGCCAUCAAUCAUCGGCGGCCCCUCCUCACACAGAAUCCGUGACCCAGGACGUGGAUGGGAGCAGUCACGAUGACAACAGGCUGGACACCAAGGCGACAGUACAAGAGGGCCGAGUGUUCCUGCAGACCACUGGGAUGUACUGAAGACCAGACGGAAGGAUGAAUGGACGGACGAAUGGAAGAACAGAGUGACGACGAUUCCUCAUUUAUGAGAGAUACAAUCGACAGGCAUGCUCGGUCGCGCGGUUGCAUCUGAGAUACACAUCUCCGCCUCCUCGAGAGGACUCCCCCUCCACCUCAAGGGUGACAUUUGAACUUUCCCAUCGCUCUCUCGUUUAAUUUAUUGCAUUUAUCACAGAAUCUCGGCCGUAGUGGGAACAGUACUUUAUUCCGAUGAUGUGUUUGACUGUGUUUCUUUCAAUCAAGGUUUUUUAGAUCCUAGAUGAAGAUGACCAUAGUUGUUUUUUUGUCAGUGCUGUUUAUCUGGACACAAGUGAUGAAUAUAACUUGUAACAGAGUUGUGUACAUAUAUAUAGUCAUCAUUUUUUUGUUAUAAUUAUUAUCACAAAAACAUAAUGGCAUGUUGUACAGUCAGUACAUGACCUGUAUUGUGUAUGUUAUGCAGUAGUGCAGUUUGACAAUACAAACAAUAC